CGAAACACAUCAGCGGAACAUAGCGCAGCGAUGAGAGACAUUAUCCGGUCAUGGUGUCCCCCGAUUGUGACACCCCCAUCUUGUCGAGCUGUAAGCUUCAGCAGCUGGUCAAGAUUCACCACAUCGCCGUCGAAGAUCACACCCGUUGGAGAGUUGAAAGCGUCGAUCGUCUGCAAAGCGAGUGGAACAUCACCGGGAUAUGAUCCUCCGGAAGCUGAAAAGACAUAUUUGGGGGCAGAUCAGCCUGUCAACUGGCAGGAGAUGGCUAAGCCGAGAGUUGGCAAUCAGAAAAAGCAGAGUCCCAAAUCCGGGGCGACGGGCUCAACCAUGGACAGCGUCGAAGAGAAGAUUGAGCCUGUUCGGUUCGAAAAACAGUUGCCCAAGCGAGCGAACACAAACUCGCAGCUGACUGAUUCGCUCAAGGCGUCACCGCCCAGAAACACCGAGCUACCGCUAGCCAAGGGCGCUCAACAUCGAUCAUCACAGAGGAUGACACUGGCACAGAGGCUGGGUCUGGACGGGAUGAAAUGCGACGAGCUCCCUUCAGCAUUUGAUUCGGACAGCGAAGACGAA